UUGUCGGAGAGGGUGGGGGUGAGGCGAGGCGGGCCGGGGAGACGGUGAGCCCCGGCAGCCGGUCCUCGUCCCCACCCGGCGGGCGCCCCCUCCCCCGGGCAUCCCCGCGCGUCGCUGCCUCCGCCGUUGCCGCAGCCGCCGCCGCCGCCUCUCUCCGAGGCCUCGGGAGACAGGCCCAGGAAGGGAGAGGCGGCGCCCGAGCCCGAGCCCGGCAACCGCCCACCUCAGCUCACACGUUUUCCCCCCGCUCUCCGUGAAAUCCCAUUCUCUGGAGACACACAGAUGGACGCGAACGAGAGAGAUGCCAUUUCGUGGUACCAAAAGAAGAUUGGAGCGUAUGAUCAGCAGAUAUGGGAAAAAUCCAUUGAACAGACCCAGAUAAAGGGCUUCAAAAACAAACCAAAAAAGACAGGUCACAUAAAGCCCGACUUGAUUGACGUCGACUUAAUCCGAGGCUCAACAUUUGCCAAAGCCAAACCUGAAAUACCAUGGACAUCACUAACUCGGAAGGGAAUUGUUCGGGUCAUUUGUUUUCCAUUGUUCAGCAAAUGGUGGAUUCAGGUCACCUCUUUUCGAAUCUUUAUUUGGCUGCUGCUGCUUUACCUCAUGCAAGUUCUGUCAUUUGUGUUGUAUUUCAUAAUGCCUAUUGUGAAUAUAAGUGAAGUGAUUGGUCCAGUGUGCCUUAUGCUAUUGAUGGGAACUGUCCACUGUCAAAUAGUCUCCACCCAGAUGGCUAAACCUUCAGGAACAAAUGGAAACCGGAGGAGGAGAAAAUUACGCAAAACUGUAAAUGGUGAUGGGAGCAGAGAAUGUGGAAGUUAUAACUGCUCUGAUAAAGUCAGAGGAGUAGAAUCUUCGGAAUCUGCAUCCCUAAAUGGUGGUUUUUGGGGGACUCUCUUUUGCAACAGUCGGACAAAAAGAGUAAAAUUAUUAACUGACAAAGGAAUUGAAACUGACAAUAAUCCGACUAUUUUGAGUCUCAACCCAAAGAAAAAACAUCCCCGAUCAGAGAUGAGGAUGUGGCAAGCAAGAGAGAAAGCAAAACUUUCAGAUGGAGAAAAGAGUCAGCGCGAAGGUUAUAGACGUUUAGGAAACGGAAUUUCAGAUGAACUGUCAAGUGAAGAUGACUGUGAAGAACAGACACAGAUGAUCCUGUUACGGAGAAGUGUGGAAGGGGCCUCAAGUGACAAUGGCUAUGAAAUCAAGAAUGAAAAAUCAUCGAUUUCUUCAAAACAUGCAACCUCUCAAGUAAAGAAAAAUUCCACUUCAAGAUGGUGUCGAAUGGUCCGAGAUUCAGAUAGCCUGGCUGAAUCAGAGCUUGAGUCAGUUGCUUUUAGUCAGGAGUCUCGAUCUGGUAUCAGUGGUGGCUCUAGAAGCUGUAGUCGGCGGGACUCGGAAAGCACCCGCCAUGAUUCAGAAACAGAGGACAUGUUGUGGGAUGACCUUUUGCAUGGGCCUGAGUGCCGCUCAUCAGCCACGAGUGACAGCGAAGAGGGGAACGUGAAGGCCCUGCCCCCAGGUGCCAAACGGGAUCCAAAAGAGGAUGUUUUCCAACAGAACCAUUUGUUCUGGCUACAGAACACGAGCCCUGCCUCUGAACGAGUGAGUGCAAUCAUUUGGGAAGGUAAUGAAUGUAAAAAAAUGGAUAUGUCUGUUUUGGAAAUCAGUGGCAUCAUCAUGAGUAGGGUUAAUGCAUAUCAGCAGGGUGCAGGUUACCAGAUGCUGGGAAAUAUCGUAACUAUUGGGUUAGCAUUUUUUCCAUUCUUACAUCGACUCUUCCAUGAAAAGAAUAUGGACCAAAUACGAUCCAUCUCGACUAAUGAGGUUCUGACUCUCUUUUGUGGGGCACCACCUUCGGUAGCGAUCAUCAUUUUGUCAGCAGUCAAUUUUCUUGAGCGCUUGUGUCUAACCUGGAUGUUCUUUUUUAUGAUGUGUGUGGCAGAGAGGACAUACAAACAGCGAUUUUUAUUUGCAAAACUCUUUAGUCAUAUUACCUCUGCCAGGAAAGCUAGAAAAUAUGAAAUCCCCCAUUUCAGGCUCAAAAAGGUGGAGAACAUUAAGAUAUGGCUAUCACUGCGUUCUUACUUAAAGAGACGGGGUCCACAGCGCUCAGUCGAUGUGGUUGUGUCAUCAGUAUUCUUACUGACACUUUCGAUUGCUUUUAUUUGCUGUGCCCAGGUUCUCCAAGGCCAUAAAACCUUUCUGGAUGAUGCUUAUAAUUGGGAAUUCCUGAUUUGGGAGACAGCCCUGUUGCUCUUCUUAUUGCGUCUCGCCUCACUGGGGUCCGAAACCAAUAAGAAGUACAGUAAUAUUUCAGUACUGCUCACGGAGCAGAUUAACUUAUAUCUCAAGAUGGAAAAGAAGCCAAAUAAAAAAGAACAGCUCACCCUGGUGAACAACGUGCUAAAGCUGUCAACCAAAUUACUAAAAGAAUUGGACACACCAUUUAGACUCUAUGGCCUGACCAUGAAUCCCCUAAUCUACAAUAUAACUCGAGUAGUUAUUCUUUCAGCCGUCUCAGGGGUUAUAAGUGAUCUCCUAGGAUUUAACAUAAGAUUGUGGAAAAUUAAGCCAUGAGCUGAGUGGUGUAUUUGGACCAUAAACUCUUGCUGGUGUCAGUACUUAACCUUUUGACGGACAACUACAGAAACGAGCGAGACAGCAUAUCAUUUUCUUGCGUGCAGAGGUGCUCUCACCUAUGGCAGAUCCGUGAAUGAUGUUUUCCUGGGAAUCAAGAGUUGGCACACAACCGUGUAUAUACUAAAGACUUCAUUUUUACAACUUUGAAACAAUGUAAAGAGUUAGAAAACUAAUGCUGAUGCUGUGUUACCAUAAUACACCAAAUAAUUUCCUAGGCUGGGAAAUAUAUUCUGGGCAUUUCAAUGCUUUGACAGUUACGUUUGGAGGAAGUAGACUUGAAAUGACUGGCAAAUGCCCAAACUUGGAAACCCAUUUGCUUUCCUAAAAGAAUGUAAAUUCAUUUCUCUUCCAUUAUGCUCUACGGAAUUGGAGAUUUCCAUUUUGUAGCAAAGAGAGAACAAAUUGAAACUAUUUUAGGUUGAAUCCAAUAAAAGAA